GAGCUGGUAAAACUAAUGGACGGCGUGGAUAAGACACAAACAUCAUCGUGGGGUCACAAAGUUUUCUCAGGAUGCUAUAGCGCAUUUAUUCUGUACGCAAUCCGCUUCCAUAGUCCGGGUGGAGCUCGCUAUAAAAGUGACAGUUCAUCUGAGCAGAGUGCUGGGUUUCAUUGUCGAGAGGAGAGGGUCGACUCCCAAUCUCUCUCUUCUAUUUCAGAUCUCAAGAAAAAGAAAGGAAAGAUGCAGAGCUUCAAAGUUCUGUUAUUGAAGCGAUCUCUCCCCACCUUUCGCUUUCAUCCUCACCAAUACAGAAGCCUCUCUGCUCAUCCCAGCAGCGCCCCAAACGACGAUCUCCAAAACCAAGUACUAGUCGAAGGCAACGCUAAUUCUCGAACUGCGAUUCUCAAUAGACCCUCCUCUCUCAAUGCUCUCACUACUUCAAUGUCAGCGCGGUUGAAGAAGUUGUAUGAGUCCUGGGAAGAAAAUUCCGAUAUUGGUUUCGUUGUGAUGAAGGGCAGUGGCAGAGCGUUUUGUGCAGGCGGUGACGUUGUUACCCUUUGUCGAUUACUCAAUGAAGGAAAGGUGGAAGAUUGCAAGGAUUUUUUUAGGACGCUAUAUAAGUUCAUCUAUGUUCUAGGCACAUAUCUGAAACCACAUGUUGCCAUUUUGGAUGGUGUUACCAUGGGGGGUGGUGCUGGAGUUUCAGUUCCGGGGACAUUUCGUGUGGCAACAGAUAAUACUGUAUUUGCUACUCCAGAAACUCAAAUUGGUUUCCAUCCUGAUGCUGGGGCUUCCUUUUAUCUCUCACAUCUACCUGGUUAUUUAGGGGAAUACCUGGCUCUAACAGGAGAAAAACUCAAUGGAGUGGAAAUGAUUGCUUGUGGCCUUGCAACACACUAUUCGCUCAGUGCAAGGCUUGGUUGGAUCGAAGAACGACUUGGCAAAUUGGUUACAGAUGAUCCUUCUGUGAUUGAAACUUCUUUGGAGCAAUACGGUGACCUUGUAUAUCCAGACAAGAGGAGUGUUCUUCACAGGAUUGAGACUGUUGAUAAAUGUUUUGGCCUUGACACGGUUGAGGAGAUUAUUGAUGCUUUGGAAAGUGAGGCAGCCAAAUCAUAUGAUGAAUGGUGUACUUUGGCACUCAAGAAACUAAAGGAAGCAUCACCUCUAAGCUUAAAAGUUUCCUUAAGAUCGAUACGUGAAGGUAGAUAUCAGUCUCUUGACCAGUGCUUAGUUCGUGAGUAUCGCAUGUCCCUCCAUGGGAUCUCUGCACGGGUCUCUGGCGACUUCUGUGAGGGUGUUCGGGCACGACUGGUGGAGAAGGACUUUGCUCCUAAGUGGGAUCCUCCAUCUUUGUACCAAGUGUCAAAAGACAUGGUGGAUCACUAUUUUUCUCCUCUUAGUGAAUACGAACCGGACCUAAAGCUGCCCACCACGAUGCGAGAAGCUUUUAUCUGAUUGGUGAUCCUGCAGAUGUGCAGUUUGAGGUUCUAUUGCUUAAGUCAUCUGGGGAAGAGUGUAUUAGGAGCCAUUUUGAGAAGUGUAGGAGCUGGGAGAGGAAGGCGAUCAUCUAGCCAGUUUUCUUGGCGACUUCAAGUUGGAAUCUUUGAAGCAGAUUUUUUUUUUUAAUGGGAAGGUAGAUGGGGCAUUGCUCAAAUUCAUAGGUUGCUUAUUCUUUUGUUUACAAGUAACUGAAAUAUGCCCAUCUACAGUGCAUUUUCAACUAAGAAGGGUUACAGCUAUUUACCCUUUCUUCCCUUAUGGUUUUGAUCUUUAUUCCUUGUAAUCUUCCCCUUCUUAGGAGUUUCUGAUAUUUUGCUGAAAAAGAUCAGCUUGCGGAUUUCUACA